CCGUCCGGUCCGGCGACCUCCAUAUUUAAAGUGGUUUGCCCAUUGAGUCGAUUCUUCGGCAGUCGCCGCGUGUCAGCAUCGUCAGCGGACGACAUAGCUAAUCCCUUCUUCUUCUUCUCCUUCUUCUUCUCCGAUUUGGCUCCUGUCUUAUUCCCCCAAUUUCCAUUUCCAUUUCCAUUUUCAACAAACACAUUAGAUUUUUCUUUUUCUUUUUCUUUUUCUUUUCUCCAUCAAUUUCUUUCCAUUCUAUAAUUGAAAUCCGUUUUCCGCCGAGCUUUUCGGUUUUCAUUUAUCAUUCCUGAAUUCAUCUUCUUCUCUCUCUAGCCAUGGCCGUCGGUUGGUUUUCUGCGGCUUCCUUAUAAAGCGAUGUAUUAAUCCAAACCGCUUUCUUCCUGUAAUCUUCGUUUGGAAAUUGGAUCAAUGAAACCUCCGCCCGAGUCCCACGACGUCACUUUCACUUCCGCCGCCAUCUCUUCAUCAUCUUCACAUCCCUUCUUUCUUUGAUUCUUGUUCUUUUUUAUUUCUUUCCUUUUCUUUUCAAUUCCCUAUGCAUUCUUUCUGCUGCGUUUCUACUGUCUCCGACAACUCCCCUUCUAAACAACCGCCUUAUUCGAUGCCGGACCUUCAUAUUUCCCCGGCCUCUCCUGCUGUCUCUGUUGCGUCCAGAUCCGAUCCCACGAUUCGAAUUUCCAAUCAUGGGCAUAACCGGAGUCUUAGUAGUAGCGAUCCUGGACGUCUUAGCCAGCGGAGUAUUUUUGCUGCCGAGAUGGUUGGACGGCAUUCCUCCGCCAGGGAGCCUCCGGUUGACGUCAAGAUCAAUGAUAUUGUUGGGAACGGUAUCUGCGGUAUACUCUACAAGUGGGUGAACUACGGCAAAGGUUGGCGCCCACGUUGGUUUGUGCUUCAGGAUGGUGUUUUGUCAUACUAUAAGAUUCAUGGACGUGAUAAGAUCGUCGUCAAUGAGGAAACGGAGAAGGGAUCCAAGGUCAUCGGCGAGGUGUCGAUGCGGAGGAUUUCGAGGCAUAAGAACGGGUUCUCUGGUCAGACUCAUCAGGUCCCACUCAGGCGUAAGCCAUUUGGGGAAGUUCAUCUUAAGGUUUCCUCAAUUCGAGAAAGCCGAUCAGAUGACAAGAGGUUUUCCAUCUUCACUGGGACAAAAAGACUUCACUUGCGGGCAGAGACCCGCGAGGAUCGGUUGGCAUGGAUGGAUGCAUUGCAGGCAGUGAAAGAAUUAUUCCCAAGGAUGUCUAACAGUGAGCUCAUGGCGCCUAUGGACUUCCUGUCUGUGUCAACUGAGAGGAUUAGACAGCGGCUUCUUGAAGAGGGUGUCAGUGAGACAGCCAUUCAGGACACUGAAAAUAUCAUGAAGACUGAGUUUGCUGCAUUGCAAAGCCAGCUUUUGUUGCUCAAGCAGAAGCAGUGGCAACUUAUUGACACACUGCGACACUUAGAGACAGAAAAGGUUGACUUGGAGAACACAGUAGUUGAUGAGAGCCAGAGACAGUCAAAUGAACCUGGGGCCUUGCCUGGUCUGCUGGAAAAGUUUAGUGAUGCAAGCGCAACUGAAUCUGAUGAUGAUAAUGAGAGAAUCGAUGCUGCGGAGGAAGAAACGGACGAAGAAGAAAACACUUUCUUUGACACUCGUGAUUUUUUAUCAUCAAGUUCCUUCAAAAGUAAUGGAUCUGAUUACAGGAUAUCAUCUUUUUCUUCUGAUGAUGAAGGCCUUCGUACAGUUGAUUCUGAGGAGGAGGUGGAUCCAUCAAUUAGAUCUGUUGGAAAAAAUUAUCCUUAUAUUAAGCGGCGCAAUAAAUUACCUGAUCCAGUUGAAAAGGAGAAGGGUGUCAGUCUUUGGUCAAUGAUUAAGGACAACAUUGGAAAAGAUCUCACUAAAAUUUGUCUUCCUGUCUUCUUCAAUGAGCCUCUUUCUUCUCUGCAAAAGUGUUUUGAAGAUUUAGAAUAUUCAUACCUCAUUGAUCGGGCAUAUGAAUGGGGGAGAAGGGGUGACAGCCUCAUGAGGAUUCUUAACGUAGCUGCAUUUGCUGUAUCUGGGUAUGCUUCAACAGAAGGAAGAAGUUGCAAACCAUUUAACCCGCUGUUAGGGGAAACUUAUGAGGCUGAUUUUCCAGAUAAAGGUCUCAAGUUUUUCUCAGAGAAGGUUAGCCAUCAUCCAAUGGUAGUUGCAUGCCAUUGCGAGGGAAAAGGGUGGAGAUUUUGGGGUGAUAGCAAUUUGAAGAGCAAAUUUUGGGGUCGGUCCAUUCAGCUUGAUCCUGUUGGUCUGUUGACAUUAGAAUUUGAUGAUGGAGAAGUUUAUCAAUGGAGUAAGGUGACAACUUCAAUUUACAACCUGAUACUGGGAAAGCUGUACUGUGAUCAUUAUGGUACAAUGCGCAUACAGGGAAAUCGUGAAUACUCAUGUAAACUAAAAUUCAAGGAGCAGUCCAUUAUUGACAGGAAUCCGCACCAGGUACAGGGUAUAGUUCAAGAUAAAGCUGGAAGGACAGUGGCUACAUUAUUUGGAAAAUGGGAUGAAAGUAUGCAUUAUGUGAAUGGGGACUGUCCUCAUAAGGGAAAAGGAUUCGACUCUUUAUCUGAAUCCCACCUACUCUGGAAACGUAGCAAGCCACCAAAAGUUUCUACAAGAUAUAACUUUACUCGCUUUGCUAUGACCUUGAAUGAGCUGACACCAGGCUUGAAGGAAAAGUUGCCUCCUACAGAUUCGAGGCUCAGACCUGAUCAAAGGUAUUUAGAAAAUGGAGAGUACGAAAUGGCCAACUCAGAGAAGUUGCGAUUGGAGCAACGCCAACGGCAGGCUCGGAAGAUGCAAGAACGAGGCUGGAAACCGAGGUGGUUUGCCAAGGAUAAGGUUAGUGAUACAUAUCGCUACAUUGGUGGAUACUGGGAAGCGAGAGAGCAGGGGAAAUGGGACUCAUGCCCUGAUAUAUUCGGUCAGAUCCCUACUGAUCCCCAACUCGAGUGAGUUGAACAGUUUUUUUUUUUUUUUUUUUUUUUAAAUUCUUUUUUCACAUAUUUUUACCGGAUGAGUAGCCAAUAGCUUGCUCAUUUGAGUGGUUAUAUAGUAUAGCAACUGCCACUAUCAACGUGGGUGCAAAGUAUAAAUUAGAUGGAAGAUGCUGGUCAGUCAAAAAUGAAAUUACAAAAGGAAAAAGAAAAAAGUGAAAAGCAGCCAUAGUUUCUCAAAGUAUCUGGUCGGCAUCUCGUGAUCUUGUUAGAUUCAUUUUUCCUUGUAUUAGGUGGAAACAUAUCUCUCUUUCACAGCCAAGUGUUGAAUGAAAGCAUUUGUAGAAAUAUAUAUAUAUAUAACAUAUACCCUAAAUCCUAAAUGACUAUGAUCAUCAUCUUGCUGAUUUCUCCCAGCAGGUUUCUCAA